UCUUUUCCUCUUUGCUGCUCUAACUAGCACAAGGCCAGCUGCCAUCCAGCCACCUGCCAAGAAUGGUAAUCCUUAGCCACUUCCUAAGCAGUGCAACAAGCAAGACCAGUUUUUUCCUUCAUGAUAAUGCUGAGAAGCCUGUGGAGAUGGGAAGUUGAAGUAUUUCCUAGCCCACUUGCACACAGAGAUUCUGAUGAACUGCCUGGUGGGCCAGCAGAAGCCCUGGGCACAGGCAAUGCUGUUGGAGAUCAUAAGGGAGGGAGACUCCAUCAGCUCAGUAAGGCUUAGCAGCUAAUUAGGGCAAUUAAUGAGUCAGACAUGGUAAAACCUAAUGGUAUAGCCAAAUGAGGCUCCCCAGACCAGCCUGCUGUGUCUGUCAUAGGCCUGGUUUAUCUGAACUUGUAUUUCCUCUGGCCAAGGCCCAGGGAGGUACCCGUUGACCACUGCAAUGAGCUGCUGCACAUGGAAACUGUCACUGCUGCCCUGUUAAUUCCUAUAUAAUCAGGAAGGAGGAGAAGCCCCCAAAUUGCUCUAAAUGUUGCAAAGUUGGGCAUCAGAACAAGGACACUGGAGACCAGCACCAAUGGGGCUGCUGGGCUGGGAGGCUCUCCAAGCAUGGGAAUGCUUUCCUGUGCUUUCCUUCCCUGGAUGCUCCUGCCUGCCCUGUGUCUUGCUGCAGAACAGGGCAUAUGUGCCUCCAACCAAACUCUGAUCUCAUCUGGGGCCUCCAGGCACUGCUUGUUAGAAGAUGUAUCAGUGGCAGGCUACCAAGUGCUGAUCACAGCCUCCUCUGCCUCCCUCUCAGCUAACCAGGGCUAUCCCCAUUUCCUUACAUUUACCAGGAAGCCUGUGUGCUGCCUGUGAGGAGAGAACGGCUGUUGAGUAGUCCAAGGAAGGUUUCCUCUUAUCAGGGCUGACCAUGUGUUGGCAGAUUUCCUCUUGCUGUCAAACAGGGACAAUCCCACACUCAGAAAGGGCUGGGAGAGCUCAGCUGUGGAAUUCUGUAGAGCUGGGUUUUGCCUGUGCUGAGUGCCAGAUAAAUGAAUUAAGGAUCAGUAUCUAAUGGCUCUGUAACAAAAUCCUGAUUGCAGUGACAUCUUCCUUUUUACCUCUCAUAUAAAUGAAAUUUUGAGGAAGAUCAGUUUCCCUCUGGCUGGGCCAAGUCACCUGAGUCUUGCAAUGGGGUAUGAAGCUCUUGGGAUAACUCUUCCCAGAACACCCUUGUGCAGGAGAACAGCACAGUGUGUCCUAAAUCUAAGCCAAAAAGGGCUCUCCAUGCACAAAGGACCUUGGUCCCAUGCAGUGUUUGCAUUGUGUCAUGUUCCUACAGCAGCUGUGCAACCUUCAUUUAAUAUCUAUGAACAUCUACAGAGAGAAAUCCCUUGGAAGCUUUAUUAAUACGGGCUUUGUUAAUUCUACUACUCAAAAAAUGGUUUGUUUUGCUACAAGGGAAAAGCUUUGCUGUUGUUUCCCAAGCUCCAUAGCUCAGUCAUUUAGGAGGAGGUUUUCUUCUUGUCCUUGGUAUUUUUGUCUUGGUCUUUUUGGCCUAACACCUCCUGCCAUUUCCCAGCUGGGCAGAAAGCGCUCUGGAGGUGAAAGCACAUGUCUGUGUGUGUCAGAUACCUUGCUUCUGAGCAGUCAGCCAUGCAAAUAAACAUCUCUUUAACCAUUUGGAGGAGAGAAAGAACUCCAGAUUGACUCUCAAGUGCCUGUCUGAGCAUAAAAUAGCUGAGAGUCUCUUUGUUUAAUUAAUGUUGUGCAGCUCUGGGUGGAUCCUUGGCUUUCAUCAGCCUUCAGCAUUCUUGAGUUGCUCUCUUGCACUUUAGGCAUUUUUGUACAAGCCUGAUGGGGUGCUGAGGAAGGGCGUAUCUCUCAAAAGCUUACAUGGAUGUACAUGCCUCCUUCUCACUUGUGAAAUAAAAUGACAAGGCUUUGCUUAUCUGAGGCCUGUCUCCUGUGUUGGAGGAAAGGCAGGCAGCAAGCCUGGGAACAGCAUUUAUGUCAGGGAUUACUGCAGCCAAACCACUGGUACAGGACCACUGCCUGCCUCUGCUCCCUUUGGGAGUCCCAGGGUACAGGUGGUGGGGAAUUGCAUCUAAGCGAGCCUAAGCACUCUGCUGCCUGCCUAAACUCAGGGGAUGAGCUGGAGUACAUUCGCCCCAAUGUCUACCGGAAUAUCGCCCGCCAGCUGAACAUCUCGCUGCACUCAGAGACUGUGGUGUCAGACGCCUUCCUGGCAGUGGCUGCACAGAUUUUCACUGCAGGCAUAACGUGGGGCAAGGUGGUGUCUCUCUAUGCCGUGGCAGCUGGGCUGGCGGUGGACUGCGUGCGGCACGCGCAGCCAGCCAUGGUUCACACCAUCGUUGACUGCCUGGGAGAGUUUGUCCGCAAGACCUUGGUGACAUGGCUGAAAAGGAGAGGAGGCUGGGCAGACAUCACAAAAUGUGUGGUGAAUACUGAUCCCAGCCUUCGCUCCCACUGGCUCGUGGCUGCUGUUUGCAGUUUUGGUCACUUCCUCAAGGCCAUCUUCUUCGUCCUGCUGCCUGAGAGAUGAGUCUGAGUUGUCAAGCACAACUCCCUUGCCCCAUCUUCUCUCCCACUCCAGAAGCAACCAGAAGUAACUGGAGAAGUAAUUCCAGACUGGUAAUGAAACUCUCUGAAGAGGAGGAAGAGAAGAACUGGGACAAAAAAAUAAAAAGUGGGAGCAGAUGAUCAACCAUGGUCUCCUAUUUGCAGCCACACGAGCCUCUCUCACCAUUAAUCCUUCCAAGAAUCUUGUUUCCCCGGAUAACUUGCAUGUGUGGCCUAGAUGUAGCUGGUCCCUGGGCACGCUGAUGGCAGCUGUGUGCAGUGUGGGACUGUCAGAUGGCUGCUCCUUACGGCUGUGUUGCAUGCUUAUGCUAGCACCAGGCAGAGGGGAGGAGGAAGGGAAUAUUAUUUGAAAUGGGAUCAGAAAGUAGAAGAGGAGAAGAGUCCCUCCUUCACUCCAUGUGAUUUCCCUUUCAGUCCUCAGACUUGCCUUGUGUUGAUUCUUGUUGUUACAUUUGUGCUUAAACUUCAUCUCCCCCUUUAUCCCUAACUCACUUGCUGGGCUCUGCCCCAGCAGAGCAUGGUGGGUUUUUAACAAGAUAAAACCAAAUAAUCUGUCAACAGUUGCUUCUCCCUGACUUGUCUUGGAGAUUGGUCUGAGUAGCUGUGAGGGGCAGGAUGAGAGGGCAAAGUGUGUUUUGUUUACCCCUCUCACUACACUCAUCCAGUCAAACAGGAGAGCAAGGGGCAAUGCCUUCAAGCAACAAUUUGAGAUGGAAUUUCAUAAUGAAUAAAAAUGUUUUUGCUCCUGAGAUUCUGUCAGAGCUAAGCAUGUAAGUAGGAAAGGCUGGGGAGCACAGGCAGAAAUAAAGAAGCAGUAAGUGAACUGGCUGGCAUGGUAAAAGCAGUGAGCUGUGCUGAAAAUAGCUGAUGUAUGUUUCUCCUUUAAUCUCUUUCAAGUACAAUUCCUAGUCUUCUUUGUGGCAAACAAUAAAGGAAAAUAAGUGGUAUUUCA